UUUCAAUACGAUAUCGCGUGUAACUUCCGAACAUUAGAAAGAAAGCCACUCUCUUUUCUUUUUCUCUUGGCUUCUCUUCUUUCUUCAUUUUUCUGUUGAAACAUAAACUCAAGCGCAAAGAAAGCAAAGCAAAGACAAUCUCUCAAUAAUUUUACCACAACUAUAACGCACAAUCUCUCACUUUCUUCUUCAAUUAAGAGAGAUCUUGUCCUUCUACAAUGCCCUUUUUGUAGCGGACAAGCAAGUUGUUGUUGCUGGAUGUUCUAGGGUUUCAUUGGAUCACAAUCAGGACCUCUUCAGUUGAGCUAAAUUUCGGACUGAUUAGGGUUUGGGCGUUGUGGAUAUUGUGUUUAGGAUCAGAUAAAAUGGAGAUGGGUUGGGCUUUUUGGAGAAAUUGGAGUUGUGCAUUUGACUGUUGCGGAAUUGAGUUUCUGAACUCUUAAGAUGCCUAGAAUCAUGGUGAUUGAGCAGUGUUGGUUUGGUCACGGAAGAAGAUUGCACAUAUAGAAUUGCUGUGUAGACGCAAUUAAGAAUUGGGAGAGUUUUAGCUGUCAAUUCAAGGAACAGAGUACCUGGAUUUUGAUUGUGUGCUGAUCUUUAUUAGGGGAUGAUUUUGGUGUUAAGUAUUGAUUAUUGGGAGGAGGUGAUGCUUCUUUAUUGGCCCAGAAGGCAACAUAGAAGAUUAGAUUGUAGUGGACUCUUUUUGUUUCUCAAGAAACCAUUUGGAUUAACAUAGUUGGGGCAGAUUUAUAGACCAAAGAGCAAAAUUUGAGCUAUUGUUGUAGCUGUGUGUUCUGGUGGUGUAGUUGAUACUUGAUAGUAAACUUGAUUAAGUCACUUCAGCCGUUGGCGUUUACUUUUUCAAUUAUAUAUCAGUAAAAUCUACAUGUUUUGUGUAUAAAUUUGGAGUGGAGGAGGACGAAGGUUGGUUAGAUUUGAUAUCUGUAGUUGUGGGAGUGUGCUUUGGAAACUCAUGGAGGAAUAUUGAUGCUGGAAAUGAUUGCAGGGACAUGGUGCAUGGACAGGAGCAUAGUUACUGGUCUGUUCCUUUGGAACCGUGCUAUUGGAAAAUAAUUCAGGCAUUUUUGUUUGUGGAAGGCAUUUUUGUUCUAUAUUCUGGGAUUCUGUGCAAUGUCUCGUUGCUUUCCGUUCCCACCACCAGGAUAUGAAAAGAAGGCUAGGUCUGCUGAUUCAGACUUACUAAAAAAGGAGAAACAGAGAGAGAGGAAGCAUAAAAAGGAGAAGAAGGACAAAGAGAAGAGAGAAAGUAAAGAAAAAAAGGAGAAAGGUAGAAGUGAUGAAAAGCACAGGGAAAAAAAAGACAAAAAGGAAAAACACAGAGACAAAAAGGAGGACAGGGAUAAGGAUAGAGAUAAAAGUAGCGACUCGGAUGAGAAGAGACUUCAAGGGAAAUCUGAGGUUCAUGGAGAGAAAACAUCCAAUGAGAAAAGAUUUCUUCCAAAAUCUGAGGGUAACGGAGAGAAAUUCAAUCAGAAAGACAAGAAUAAAAACAGAGAUAGGGAUUUGAAGAAAGUUGCCGGGCAAUUGUCAGGUUACAGUGGAGAGAAGCUCAAUCAGAAUGGUUAUUUGGCUGGGGAUUACAUGGAUUCUAAAUUUUUACAGGAGCUGGAGAGGAGCAUCAGAGAUGAAGACAGAGCAACUGGGAACCAGUUGGUUGAGAAGUUUACCCGUACAGAUAGAAAGGGGGAUGAGGAAGUUGUUAGAUUGGUGGCUAAGGCUGCUCAAAGCAUGGUUGGUGGUAAUGAAAAGAAGGAUAAGAGAGGUGGUGAUGAAAGAAAAUUGGAGGAGGAAGGUGUUAGAGAUGAUACAAGAUUCAGUGGAAAUGUCAUGGUUCAGGGUGUUGCUGGAGUGGUUCAACCGAGACCUGACCGUGUUUCCAGACCACCGGAGAGAUAUGUUGAGAGCAAAAUUGAAGGUAAAGAAAGAGCCAAAAAGAAGCAAGGAGAUGAUAAACGUUGGGAUAAAUUCAAGUAUAAAGAUAGAGAGAAUGAAGGCCAAGGGAAGGAUAAAGACAGGGAUAAAGAGAAGAAAGAAGAGGAGAAAGUGAAGGGGAAAAGUGAAUAUAAGGAGAUAGAGAAGGAUAUAUUAAAAGACAAGAAGGAUGACCUUCUAGGAACCCAUGAUAUGAAGACCCUGCAUCUUCCCAACGAUAGUGGCAAGAAUGCUAGCAGUGAGGCAAAUAUUAGGAAACGAAAUGACUCUGAGACGAAUGGAUUUUAUCGUGCUAAUGACAAGAGGCCUAGUAAGUUGGCAAGGCCCACAUCUCCCCAUUCAUUAACGGAGACCAGUAACUUGUCCAGACCCAUUUCUUCCUCUCAUGCAUUAACAGAGACCGUUAAUUUGCCAAGACCUAUUUCAUCCCCUCAUCCAUUGACAAGGAAUGGAAAAUUUCUUGAACCUGGCCAAACUUCUGCUUUGUUUAUUUCAGAUAGACAGGGGUCAGCCAAUAUUCUUAAGGCAGAGAAUAAAGAACGAAAGGUGAAUGGUAUUAUUUCGUCUCAGCCAUUGUCUGUCCCAACAGCAAAGUCUCUGAUUACGACUGUACAAGCUGAUCAAAUCACUGAGGUAUCUAUGAAAGCACCGCACCCGGAUACAAAAUAUCUAAACCAGGUACUGUUGGUUCCCAAAAGGGAAGAGUUGUCUAAGGACCAUGACCUAGAUUGGCUCAUUAAUGAUAGCAAUUCCCAAUCACAGAAGCUUAAGGUGAUAUCCCCUGGAAACGUUGAGAAGCCAGAGGUUUGGACAGAAGCAAUGAGGAUAGAGUCGGCUGAUGUUUGUGCCUUACCAUACGUUAUUCCCUUUUGAUUGGUUUACAUAUGAGCAUGAUUUGUCCUCUCCCUGGGUGGAUUUGGGGAAUCUUCCAUAGGAGCACAUCGUGGGAAACUGCAGCAGCGUCUAGCCUUUUGGGUGGAAUUGUUCAAUAUUUUUUAGCUGCAUUCGUCAUCACCAAGUCUUUGAAAUGUUUCGGUCAUGCACCAUAGUGUGGCGUAGUGCACCGUUGUGGAACAAGGAUUGGAGGUGUGACUUUAGUUGUUGGUUUGGAGGCACUAAUUCAUUCAAAAAAAUUCCAUAAGAGCAGCCAAGUGUGGUUGCUGGAGAAGGGAGAUGUCAAAGCUUGUGGGGUUCUAAUUGAGAAUGUAAGAGAGACAAGCGGUGGUGUUUGAAACACCACUGCAAUUUUGAUUUGUAACAUAGAACUGGUAUUCUCAUAAGUUGUAAGAUAGAGCGAAAGAAGUAGCUGCAGUCAUUCAUUAACUCUCAUGUAACUGCUGUUCAUAAUUGCAUUCAACUUUCCUAAUAACUGCCUGUGUGUAUAAUAAUAAACAUGGUUUUAGCUAUUGUUAAUGAAUCUAUUCCGUCACAUGGGAAGCUUUCUGUU